AUCAACUCAAGAAAAACCAUCAAAUGCAAUGGUAGAUUUGUUAGAUAUUAACUUAGCAGAUCUUCCUGCGACAGAUCCUUGGGGAAUAUCACAGCCACAGCAAACAUCGCCAUGGAAGGCGCCCUCAUUGAUGUCUCCUCAUGAACAAUCUCGUAACGUAGAUCCUUGGACCCCUGCAGCUGCAGGCCAGCAACCUGAUCUUUGGACGGCUCCAACUAAUUUACACACCUCACCAAUGCCUCUAUCACAUGGUACAUCUGCAAAGCAUGACCCGUGGUCUCCAGCUAGUCAAAGCUCUUCAACUGAUUUAGAUGAAUUUGAUGUUAUAACGAACAGGAAUAAAUCAACUUCUCCAAAAGCUAAUGGUACUAAUGAUAGUACCACCAAUGAUCCAUUCGAGUUGAAUCUGCUGGGUGAUGCAUUGAGCUUAGGAGAACCAGAGCCUGCCACGAGUGCAACAAAAAAGACACCAUUGAGUUUUCUGGGAGAGAAUUCAUCACUUGUUAAUUUGGAUAAUUUAGUUACAAGUAAAGUGGCAAACCCAAGUUCAACAGCGAACCCCUUUUCAAAUGCCUCCACGACAACACCCUCCAGACCAGUUUUCCAUCCAACAGUAAACAAACCAUCAAUCAAUGAAAUCAAGCAGCAACCGUUUAUACCGUUUAACCCACCUGGUGGAUCAUUUAGUUCUGUACCAGUUGGCCAGUCCCCUUAUAAUGUAAAUUCUCAGUUUUCUUCUACUGGCAUAGUGAAUCAAGAAUCAGGAAGUAUACCACCAACUCAAGAUCCUUGGACACCAGCUAAUAGAAAUGUGGCCACUAAUUUGAACUCUUCUUGGGCGCAGAACAACGAAUCACCAAAUCCAUUUUUAUCUUAAUUGUUUUCUUUUGGUAAUAUCAUCAGAUUUUAAUUUCAUUGGACAGUACAAGUGCAAAAAUGGUAUAUUUUUAUAUAUUUAUUAUUAUAAUGAAAAUAUUAUUUGAUUUUUGGACACUUCUUUUUUCUUCAUUUAAAACUUUGUUAAAUAUUUUAUAUACUCCCAUAUUUCACAUUUUAAUCAGUCAGACAUUUAAAUACGAAAUAUAAUUUCAUUGAUAUUCAACUAAUUUAUUAUUGUUGUUUUAUUUUUCUGUAGGAUAUAACGUAAUAAUUUAAAAAAUAUUUAAAAAAAUAAAUCUUAAAUCGUUUUUUUAAAUAAAUAAAAAAAAUGUGCUUUAUCAUUUAAUUCUAAUUUUUCACAUCUUACCAAAUAUUAUUUCCCAUACAGUAUUUUAAGUUUAGUUUUAUAUAUCUCUGCUACUUACACUACUGCAAAGGCCGAAACCCACUAGCAGCUAUGCACCCCAUGCCAUGCCACGCCUCGCCAUGUGAUAAGAGUACGUGUAUAUAAUUUCCAUUUGAUUUUAAAUAUGCUUAAAACAUAUUUGCACACGCUGCACCAUACCAUGUUACCCGACAUGUGAUGAUACUAAAUUUGUAGAUGUAUCCGAAGCUUAUUACUGCAUAUUAAACCUCCUUACCUCCAAGAUCUAGCAAAUAAUAAGAGGUGACAAACACCAUAAUUGUCUUGACUUCUAGGAAUUUUGUUGACCCAAUAUUUUCUUUUUUGUUUGUAAUAAAGCUGCAUAAUUUUCUAAAAAUUCUGUCACUGCUUCCAAACUCUAAAUUAUAUACGAAGCUACUAUUGCCAUUUUCCUUCAAUGUAAAAAAAAAAUUGUUGUAAAUGUCCACACAACUGAACCCACGUAAUCCCACAUCAAGUGGUGUGGCAUUGUGUGGAAUGGUAUGCUACUAGUGGGCUUUGACCUUAAUUUUAUUCAAAUUUGUUUUAUAUAAAUAUAAUUUUAAAUUUAAAUUAUUAAAGAGUUUAUGUGUAUGGUUUAUUGUAAUUAUGAAUAUAUUUGUAUAUAUUUACUCAAAAUAGUUGUUUAUUGUUAUUAUUUUCUUUGAAAUGCAACGUGUAUAUAUAAUUAAUUAUAUUUUUUUAGAAUAAGAAUUUUAUAUCUUGGCAAAAUGGGUUGAUAAAAAGGGAUAUAAUGGAUUUUAUUAUAUCAUGAUAAUUAUUUUCACUUACAUUCGUAAAAUAAAAG